UAACUCUGUCUCACUGUGGGACAGCUCAGGAUGAGAUAACCAGAACUAGUCAAGUGUAGAAACUCAUCUUUGAAAAUAACUUAUAUUCUUGGCUUUUUGGGAUUAGCUUUGUGUAGUUCAGUUUCUAAGAGCUUCACUGACUUAUCUUCUUACUCAAACAAAACAAACAGCAAUUCCUUCUUGCUAAAGAUCUCCAAAUUUGGAUGACUGUUGAAGAAAUUUCCAGGGAGGUGAGUCCUAUGAGCAUUUUUUGCAGAGAAGAUCCAGAUACCUGCUUGAAAUCUUCUGCAUCAUAAGGGAGAAAAUCUAGCACUGGUUCUUCUGGGUGACUUGAGAGAUGGUGAGUGAAUACAAGAAGAUUGUGCUACUGAAAGGAUUAGAGGUCCUCAGCGAUUAUCAAUUUAGAACAAUUAAAUCCUUAUUAGCACGUGACUUAAAACUGUCUAGGAAAAUGCAAGAGGAAUACAACAGAAUUCAGAUUGCUGACUUGCUGGAAGAGAAGUUCCGAGGUGAUGCUGGUGUGGACCAACUAAUAGAAUUGUUCAAAGAUAUGGAAACACUUAAACACCUUGCUAAAAGUCUUCAAAAAGCAAAGUCAAAUGUUAGAAGGAAAUGCAAAGUGAAGGACACCACAAAGAGAAAAAGCAAUCAGGAUGAACCCAGUACUGCCAAAUCUACAUCCACCAUAAACAGAGCUUUGGAAUGCGAACCAAUCAAGGACACACCUGUGCUGAAGAAAAAGAAAACCGAGACCAUAAAAACUGCUAACUCCAAGAGGAUGACGCUAACCCAGGAGCAAAGUCAGCUUUCAGAACCUUCAGCAGCUAGCACACAGCAAACUGAAGGCUGUCCUCAGACUUCUUCUCUGGCUCCCCCAAUAUCACCCAGCAGUUCCUUAGCCAAGAAAGGAAAAAACUCAACUUGCCAAAAAGCUGUCUCCAAAAAGAUGGUGCUAUCUCAGGAACCGAGUCAGCUUCUGGAAACUUCAGGUACCAGCAUAGACACGACUGAGAGCUGUCCUCCACCCUCUCCCAUGCCUACACCAAUCCUAUCCAGCGGUUCUGCAAUGAAGAAACCAAGAUUGAAGAAUGUACCUAAAGAAGCUUCUGAAGAAGUUGGUUACCAAAGUGGCCCCAAAGAGGUGAUGGUGCUGAAGGUAACAGAACCAUUGACAUAUGAGUUCAACGGAGAAAAGAGAACAAUGUUCCAUGCCACAGUGGCCACUGAGAGUGAAUUCUUCCACGUGAAGGUUUUUAACAUCAGCCUGAAGGAGAAGUUCAUCCCGAAGAAGAUUAUUUCCCUGUCAGAUUAUGUUGGUCGCAAUGGGUUCCUGGAGAUAUACAAUCUCUCAUCUGUGUCUGACGUGAAUCCAGACCAAAAGAUGGAGAUCUCAAGAAGACUAAUUCGAAAUGCCAAUGCAACUCCUAAAAUCAAUCAUCUUUACUCACAAACUGAAGAAAAAUUUGUGAAUGGAGUAUUUAUGGUGCAUAAGAAAAACGUGAGGGAUCAAUGCACCUAUUAUGAAAUACAAGACAGUACAGGGAGGAUGGAGGUAGUGGUUUAUGGACGACUGACCAAAACCCACUGUGAGGAAGGGGAUAAAAUUAAACUCACGUGCUUCGAGUUGGCAUUUAGCGUGGACAGGAUGCAGCUAAGAUCUGUAAUUCACAGCGACAUGAAGGUCAUCAAAGCCAGGAAAAAUAAGAAACACUCACUCAAUCCUGACUCAAAUAUGGAGACCUCACUAGAGUCCUCUUUUUAAAAACCUAGAUGCCAUUGAUAACAAUGUUUAUGAACAUUAAAAUCUAAGUACAGAAAAAUUAUGUGUGUGUGUGUGUGUGUGUGUGUGGCUAAAAUACAACAAUAUAUAUACCAGCUGUUAAAGGGAAUGGUAUGUUGGGGUGCUUCUUUUUAUUUUAUUCUCUACUUUUUUUGUAACUUCUAAAUGUCACAUUUUGCAUCUAUAACUUGCUUAUUCUUAAAAUUAAACACUUUUUUUCAAAAGUA